AUGGAGAACAGUGAGGCUGGGGAUUCUACAGACAACUCUUUGAGCACUUCUCUGGGGUUGUCAUUACCUACCCCAACAUCACCACCUGACCAAGCUUCAAUAUGCAUGGACAAGAACAGGGAAUCUCUCAAGAGAAAGUUGAUGCUGAGGAGAUCUGUCACUGAACUGUUAUUUUCUUUUUUGUUUGCAUUGUUAUUAAAAACUCCUCCAGCGUUUGCUGACAAGAUGAGCCUCUGUCUUGUUACUACAGGCGAUUUGCUGCGCCACAAAAUCCAGCAAAGACCAAACAGGCAAUUGCUUGUGCAACAGCACAUUCUUGAAGAUACAAAUAUAGAUCCAUCCUUACAUGAAAGGCAGAGGUUACUGAAACGGUCCCGUCUGCUGGAUGACCUCAAUGAUAAGUUGUCCCACAGACCAGGACCCUUGGAAUUAGUACAAGAAAAUAUUCUGCAACCUUCGCUUGAACUGGUUAACGCAAUCAGAGAUGGAUCAGUUCAGUUUAUGUCAACAAGUGAUACCGAAGACAUGGACCAGUCUGGUCCAUCCUUUACAUUUGUUGACGGUAGUGGAAGUGGUGGUAUUCAAUGUCCGUCAUUUGAUGAAUCAUCAGCACUCUAUGUUGUUAGUAGCCCAAGUCCAGUACCCCAUGAUGAGUGUCUCCCUGUUUCUUCUACAUCAGCUAACAACAUAACAGUACCAGCCACUGUCUGCCCUCAGAUUCCAUUUAUAGUUUCCACUAUGUCUCCACCUGGUUCCGCGGCUGAAGUUCUAAGCAACCACCCUGGGACCAGCAGCAUAGCUUUUAUUUCACUUGAUAAUAAUAAUAACAGCAGCAGUAAUAAUAACAACAGUGGCAGCAAGUCUCGCAUUAAGAAACCAAAACCCAAAGUUGUUCCCAAGUCGAGAAUUAUCAAGUUCCAUGAAUACAAAGGUCCACCCUCAGCUGUGAAGAACCAGCCAUCAAAUACACCUGCAUCAAGCAGCAGCAAUUCCGACGGAGACACACCUUAUAAUAUUAUGUUGCAGCAGCAGCAGCUGUUUUUGCAGCUGCAGUUGCAGUUUCAGCAAAUGCAGCAACAGCAGAGUUCAACCUUGGUACCUGGAGCACAAACAGAUCAAAACUUAGCAUCAUCAGGUAUGAAGUCAGUUGUUGUAAUGUCACCACCUGUGACCCAGCCGAUCCUUGCUGGCAAUACAGCUUUGGUACAGACAAUAUCUUUUCACGAGCCUCAAAUUUACGACACAAACCUGGACCCUCAGCCAAUUAUUAGCAAAAUAGCUGUGUCGCCUAUGACCACAGCUCAGACUUCAACCGGCCAGAUUUUGAAUGCACAAACAGUUUCAACAAGCCAAGCAUCUCUUAUUUUGCCACAAACACGUCCUACACAAUCAGCCCCAAGACAGACUGCCAAGGCACUCACCUCAAUACCAGCAGGUGCUUUGAGUGUACCCAAGUUAACUGGCAAUCUAGAGGAGAUGAAAGUUGCAGAUUUGAAGGCAGAACUGAAAAAACGCUCUUUGCCAGUUUCAGGGUCAAAACCACAACUUAUAGAACGUCUUAAACCUUUCACAGACUCCAGUAGUAGCAUGCCUUCUUCACCAGUGUCUAUUAUCCCCAAGUCAGACUCAAGACCAUCAUCACGUAUGUCUACACCUCUGCAGUUCAGUCAGGCACCGGUUGCCAGUGCACCAAGUAACAGUUACGCCAAUGUUGUUUCCAUUACACAGUCUAAUACUUCAGCACCAGCUGCAUCUUUUGUGAACACCUCAUCUCAGAACAGUAGUAGCAGAUCGGCUCCUAGUUUUUCACUGCUGUCUAGGGCCACAAAACAGGAUAGAACAAUUGUUAGUGUCAAACCAUUUAUUAAAGAUGAGUUAGUAACCUCUACAACCAUUUCUUUACCAAGUUCUCCUCAAACUUUGAUGACCACCAAUUCUGGCACUGUAAAAACUAUCAUCAGUCCAGUGCACAAAGUCAGUUCGGCACCAGCGCUGUUGAAACCAGCUGUCCCCAGUUCCAAAAACCUUAGAUUUGCAGAUGCAACCCAAAAAACGUUUCCUUAUGGUGAACAGGACAGUGUUUCUGAGACUUUGAAUCCCCAAGCAUUAGCUUCAGUGACUACAGAGACUUCACAGCCAACAUCUGCUGGGAUGAUGCAGAUGGAAGUAACAUCAUCGGCUUCGGUUCUUCAAUUGCAGCAGCUUCAGCAGUUGCAUAUGCUGCAGCAUCUACAACAACAGCUUAUGCAGCAGACGCAGACACAGCAGCAGCAGUUUCCACAUCAAAUAUUCCAAGAGCAAUCACCGUCUUCAUCUGUUCAGUUGACAGAAAGCGACCACAUGGUUUUGGCUCAAGCAAAACAGAUUGAAGAACUACAGAGACAGUUGCAAGAAUCGCACCAAAGGCUGGAGUUAAAUCAGCAGCAUCAUGAACAGCAGCUGAUGCAGGUUCAUAUGCCAUCCGAUUUUGCGCAACAGCAACAACAGCAACCAUCUCCUGUUAUGCAGCACCAGCGUGAACCAGUAUCUCUUGGUUUCAAUGAUCCUUCUGGGCAACCGCCACCCACUGUUUUAUCAGGUCCAUCAACAUCAAAGUCACAGAGGUCAGACGAUCAAGCCAUGGUGUUUACAGAUCUUCCUACCACUGAUGCACCACCAGAUUACAAAAGUGGUAUUGUAUCUAGAACAACAUCAGUGCCGCCAUCGUCACUGGACACAAACCAACAAAAACUGAAUAUUCAUCGUUGUUCUUCUGCUCCUUACAUCAGUGGACAACUGAAAGAGCCACCUUAUUACCAUGAAGCUAUCAGGCAGAAACAGCAGCAGAUGGGCAAUAUGAAGAAUAGCACUACUAGCCUGCACUCGCCAACAAGCUGCUUGAACCUGCAACAGGUUGCUCCUGACUGUAAAUCACAAGCUAUGGAUGAUGUCCUGGAGAUUCUUAUCAGACAUGGAGAACUUCCUCCAAAUGCAGCAACUGAGGCUUUCCCAUCAUCUGAACAGACUCGUGUAAGAACUUUGCCACAGACAAGUGCAGCCACAACAUUCAUAAGCUCACCCCCAAGUUUACCAAAAUCAUCAUCAAAAACACCUGUAUCUGUCACAAUGAGUAAUGACCAAACGAGUUCCUACCCAUCCUCUGGAUCACCCGUCACCUCUACCACUAGAAGUAUGACAAGUCAGCAACAUAACCAACCCAGCACCAGCAGGAUUGACUCCAGCAACCCCAUUCUCACUUUGGAACACCCUGACAUUUUUAACACAGCUUUACUGAACGACACACAGUUCUCAUCAUCAAAGAUUCAUGGUGAUGCUGCACCGUCCUCUCCUUUGAUGAAUGAAGAUACAUCCAGCUCAGUUUUUGGAGAAUUUCCAGACUGGGGAGACAUGAUUCCUUCUGCUGAUUUGUCAGCUAUGGACUUUUCUGUGGAGUUUGGUUUUGACCAGUUGUAUUUGGGAGAUCCAGACCGCAGUUUAGAUACUAAUAUAUGUCAGGACAAUCAGUUCAGUCAGGAACAGACCACAUCCAGACUUGACACUUCAUCUGGUUUAAAUACAACACACUUAAAUAAUGCACCACACAGUCACAGUGACAACAGCAGCACCACCAACAUGUAUAUGCAUGGCUUGGAACCUCACUCCAGUCUUGACCAACAUGGACAUUGUAAUGAAACUCUGACUGCUUCAAAUCAAAUGGACACAUCAGAAUGGCUUGAUGCCUUGAUGCCCGAUUCAAAUGUUAAUCGAAUGAAUACAGAAUUAGCGAAUAAACCAAGCAGUGCCUCUUUCACAACUAAUUCCUAUAUGAUACCUCACUUCCAGCAGGAGAGGUUUGAUAACUAUAGUGAUUCAGGUGUUAUUCAAUCUCCUGUGGGCUGGGAGCAGCUGAUCAAUCCAGGAACAGGCAGUUAG